UUGUUGGGAGCUGCAAGGGGCCGGAUUUGCCGGGUGGGCGUGACCAUUGAGCUCGACUCCAGGCCCCUGUGCCCGGAGCUCAGCCCUCGGAUGUCCACCGCCCAGAGCCUGCAUGCGCCGCGGGGCGCCUCAGGACCAGGAGCUUGUGGGUUCCGGGGCCCCUGGGCAGGUGUCCCGGGGCGCCCCUCCUCCCUCUGGACCUGUUGUCCCGGUCCUCGUCUUUCCCCCGGAUCUAGUGUUCAGGGCGGACCAACGGAGUGGACCCAGGCAGCUGCUGACCCUCUAUAACCCCACGGGAGCCGCGCUUCGCUUCCGAGUUCUGUGCACAGCACCUGCCAAAUACACUGUUUUUGACGCAGAAGGAUAUGUGAAGCCUCAGUCCUGCAUUGACAUUGUGAUUCGCCAUGUGGCCCCCAUUGCCAGCCACUAUGAUGUCCAGGACCGCUUCCGCAUUGAGCUGUCUAAGGAAGGAGCUGAGGGCCAAGUGUUGGGGCGCAAGGACAUCACCUCGGUUUUGAGGGCCCCAGCCUACCCCCUUGAACUUCAGGAACAGUCUGACCCAACGCCCCACUCGGGGCCUCCUUCCUGGACAGCACCACCCACGACCAGACACCUCCCUGAGAAAUCCCAACCACAACUGGCCACCAGCUCCUUCUUCCUGUUCUUGCUGGCCGGUAUAGUCUCCGUGGCCUUCCUGCUGCUCCCACUCCAGGAUGAACUCGGCAGCCAGCUGCCCCAAAUCCUGCAUGUCUCCCUGGGACAAAAGUUGGUGGCAGCCUAUGUCUUGGGCCUCCUCACCAUGGUCUUCCUCCGGACUUGAGUCCCUUGCUCAGCCUCCACCCCCCUCCCUAGGCAGGGGUGUGGACAUGAGACAGCCACUGUGAUGCUCAUACCUUGCCUCGGCUCCUAUUCCCUUCUUCUUGCCACUCCCUCCACCCUGGACAAAAACUACCCAGGGAUUUGUAUUCAUUUUCCAAGUUGAAUAAAAUAAAUUUGCAAUAUUAAACUGAGAAA